CGCCGCACGCACGCGCACUGCGCCCAGCAUGAGGGUCGCGGCUCUGAUCAGUGGUGGGAAGGACAGCUGUUACAAUAUGAUGCAGUGCAUUGCUGCCGGACAUCAGAUCGUUGCUUUAGCAAAUCUAAGACCAGCUGAAAACCAAGUGGGGUCAGAUGAACUGGAUAGCUACAUGUAUCAGACAGUGGGUCAUCAUGCCAUUGAUUUGUAUGCAGAAGCAAUGGCCCUUCCCCUCUAUCGCCGUACCAUAAGAGGAAGGAGUGUGGAUACAGGACGAGUGUACACCAAAUGUGAAGGUGAUGAGGUUGAAGAUCUCUAUGAGCUUUUGAAACUUGUUAAGGAAAAAGAAGAAGUGGAAGGGAUAUCCGUAGGUGCUAUACUUUCUGACUAUCAGCGUGUUCGAGUAGAAAAUGUGUGUAAAAGGCUUAAUCUUCAGCCUUUAGCUUACCUUUGGCAAAGAAACCAAGAAGAUUUGCUCCGAGAGAUGAUAUCAUCUAACAUUCAGGCAAUCAUCAUCAAAGUAGCAGCUUUGGGUUUAAAUCCAGAUAAGCAUCUUGGAAAAACCCUGGAACAAAUGGAGCCUUAUCUCUUAGAGCUUUCUAAGAAGUAUGGAGUCCAUGUUUGUGGAGAAGGUGGAGAGUAUGAAACAUUCACUUUGGAUUGCCCUCUAUUUAAGAAGAAAAUAAUUGUAGAUUCGUCAGAAGUGGUCACCCAUUCAGCUGAUGCGUUUGCACCUGUGGCUUACUUACGCUUUCUGGAAUUGCACUUGGAGGACAAGGUGUCCCCAGUGACUGACAACUACAGAACAUCUCAUUAUAUACACAAUUCUUAAAAGGGGGUUUUGAACAUUGUUUACUUAGCUGCCAUUUUUAUAUGAAAAAAUAUUACAUUACAUUUUCUCAAUUAUCAUGUCCAGCUUUUUCUCAUUACAUUUUUACCAUCAGAAAAAGUUAAUGCAACCAUUGAUUAAUUGGGGAAAUAUGGAUGCCAUGUUCACUCUAUUGUCCGGUUGCUCGGGGUUUACUCUCACUUGUAUAAUCACCUCCUGUUCAUGUCCUCUGUUCUACAGGAUAUGUGUCCUUUUUUUUCUCUUUUUACUUUGCUUCAUACACAACCCUCACUUCUAUGACAUUUUUCACUUUUAUCGCACUGCUUUAUUUUCCUCUUUGUCUCUCUCCUGCUCUGUGUCUGCCAGUAGCAUCAUGUGCAGAGCACUUGAAAGUGCGGAUGAAAAGCCACUUAGCCAACCGACUUCAUUCUGUUCAGUGUCACCGAAGUGCUCUGUCGUUUUGCUUUUCAGUAUAGUCAUCGUUUCAGCAUUAUUGGACGUUCAGGAAGACUAUCAUUAACUCUUACCAGUUAUUUUAUAACUGAUUUUUAAAAAGCAAUUUUUCAGUAUUACCUGUGCUGAUUUUAGGCAACUUUUAUAAAAUAGACUUUAUGUUUUAGAGCAGUUUCGAUUUCACAGCAAAACUGAGUAGAAUGUACAAUUCCCAUGUACACCCUGGCCCCACACAAACAGUCUCCCCAUAAUCUACAUCCCCCACCAGAGUGGUAUAUUUGAUACAAUUGAUGAGCCUACAUUGACAUACUGUAAUCACCCACAGUUCACAGUUUACAUUGUGAUUCACUCUUGGUAUUUGCUGUCCAUUGGGCAGAUGCAUACUGACAUGAUCCAUCAUUAUGUGUUGUACAGAAUAUUUUCACUGCCCUAAAAAUUUUCCAUGCUCCCCCUAUUUAUUGGUUACCCCCACCCCAACUUCUGCCCACCAUUGAUCUUUUUACUGUCUCCGUAGUUUUGCCUUUUCCAGAAUGUCAUAUAGUUGGAAUAAUAUAGUAUGUUGGCAUUUUAGAUUGGCUUUCACUUAGUAAUGUGCAUUUAAGGUUUCUCCAUGUCUUUUCAUGCAUUUUUAAGUGCUGAAUAAUAUUCCAUUG